AUGGAGCCCCCCCUUGUUUGGAUCGACUGUGAAAUGACAGGUCUGGAUCACAAGAACGAUCAGAUCAUCGAAAUCUGCUGUCUGCUCACCGACGAUAACCUCCAGGUCAUUGACCCCAAAGGCUAUGAGGCUGUGAUCCACUGUCCUAAGGAAAAGCUCGACGCCAUGAGUGCUUGGUGUGUGGAGCACCACGGCCAGAGCGGACUCACACAAAAGUGCAUUGAGAGCACCAAGACUAUGACUGAAGUGGAAGAGGAGCUGUUGGCUUAUAUCAAGCGAUUUGUUCCUCGAAAAGGGGCCGGUGUGCUUGCCGGAAACUCUGUGCAUCAGGAUCGAGUCUUUCUGGCCAAGGACAUGCCCAAGAUUGACGAGCAUUUACAUUAUCGGAUUCUGGACGUGUCUUCCAUCAAGGAGGCCAUGAAGCGUCAUAACCCUAAGAUGUCCAGAAAGGUACCUCGAAAAGUGAGCGCUCAUACCGCUCGAAGCGACAUUGAGGAGAGUAUUGCUGAGCUCCAAUGGUACUACACUAACUACUUCCGAAAGAGCUGA